UCAGAAUACGCCCGUCUGCUAGGCGCUAGCCGCUCCGUUGCCUUUCUCUGGAGUCCUCUCAAGUCUGAGGAGCGGCGGCGUCGUCAUCGUCGCGUCAGUUCCGAUUCCAAUCCGAACCCCGGCCAUGUCGCCGCCGGCCAGUCUCCCGCCGCCGGCCCCCGCCGGCACGCCCCUCGCCGACCUCCUCGAGUCCGCCACCUUCGCGCCCCCCGCGCCGGCGCCCCCGCCUCCCACCCCCGCCGCCAUCCUCUCCGCGUGGUCGCACCUCCGCAGCGCCGCUCCCUCCCCCGCGGCCGCCCUCGCCGCCCUCGAGACCCUCCACCUCCACCGCCGCUCGCUCCGUCUCAGCUCCGCGCACCUCGAGCUGCUCCUGCCGCUCCUCCCGCUCCACCCCCGCCUCGUCUCCCCGCUGCUCGCCACCUGCCCGCGUCUCCUCCCCAACUAUUCGCUCCCCUUUGCCUCCCUCCCCCUCGCCCCUCGGCUCCUCCUCCUGGGCGCGCUCGCCACCGCCAAGACCUCCAAGAAUUCCACCAGCAAUGGCAGCUCAGGGAGCCCCAGCACGGGGAAUCUCGGGAGUGACCACGGCGGCGACGACCCCGUUGUGGCUGUGAGUCGCAUUCUAGAGAAUAUGGAGCAGACCAGUGAGACCAGCGAUGGUAUUGACCACCUUGCGCUUGCUGGGAUUGGCCAUGCCCUGGCAUGUGCAGAUGAGCUGCACUUUGGGAGGAUCCUUGUGUCCCUGGUUAGGAUUUGCGGCAGGAUCGGGGAUGUAGGUGUUGCUGUCAGGGUGCUUAAGCUGGUGGAUUGGCUGGUGUCGGGGUUCGUCGAGUCGAGGAGGAUGCGCAAGGUUCAGGUUCUGUUCGAGGUAAUUUCGCCGGAGAAGUGUGAGAGUGAGGGUUAUGUGCUGUUUCCGGCGGUGAUGGCGGCUUGCGGUGGACUACGGGCAUUGAGGGUUGCUUCGGUGAGACAUCGGUUGGACUUUGCUCCAAGGUUGAAGGAGGCUCCUGAACGGACCAUUCGUUUUGCAGCUCGGAGGGCAGCUGUAGAAGGGAGGCCUGACGAUGAUCAGCGCCAUGUCCUUCUUCAGUGUGUUGCAUUAGGUUUGACACAGUGUGGGCCGGUAGCAUCUAAUGAUUCAGUGUUACGGUGUGUUCUUAUGGCACUGCUGGAGGAGCUCCUUCCUCUUCCGCGCCUGCUUAGGAUCUCAGUUAAGAGUCCAGAUGAAAAUUCAGCUGAGCUUGCAAAGAAUCAGGUCAUGCAGCACCAGGAUAGUGUCCUUUUCAAAGAAGCAGGGCCAGUGACUGGGGUUCUGUGCAAUCAGUAUUCAUUUGCUGAUGAGAAGACUAAAGAUUAUGUGGAAACUCGUGUAUGUGAAUAUGCGCAAGAGUUGUAUCAUCAUCUUCGUGCAGCAGUGUUGCUGCACCAGGCGAAACGGAAUGGUUUGCUUGCUGAGAUUGAUAAGAUCGCUGAGGCGGCAUUUUUUAUGAUUGUAAGCUUUGCGGCAGAGGUUGCGAAACACAGGUUGGAUGCAAACUCCUCAGGGGGGUUCCAGCCAGAGGUUGCUGUUAGGAUCUUGGUGGAAUUCUCUUGUGUGGAACAUCUGAGACGUUUGCGUCUUCCUGAGUACACUGAAGCAAUCCGGCGUGCUGUUGUUGUCAAUCAGGAUAAUGCGGCAGCCAGUGCUUUAUUCGUUGAGUCAAUGCCUUCAUGUGCUGAAUUGACAACCAAACCAGAUUUACUAACCGGAACAAGAUAUAUCUGUUACACGGAUGAGGUCCAGACGUCACGCAUAUUGUUUUAUCUGCGGGUUAUGCCUACUUGUAUUAACCUCAUUCCAACUCAUCUAAUUCGGGAUAAAUUAUCUCCGGUCAUAUUUUUGUAUCCUUUAUAGACACCACUACUAUUUGUCUUACUAUUUAUUU